AUGAUGUGGAAUCUUUUAGGGUCAUUUUUGAUGACGAUAGCUAUUGGGUCCGGUUUUCUUUUCAACUUUAAUCAACACCAGAACCAGGAACAACAAGGUGCUCCGCAAUCGUUCGAGGACAAAUACUUAAACAGCGAAUGUGGUGGAUAUCUAUGUCCUGACACAAUGGAGUGCGUCGCACAACCAAAAGAUUGUCCUUGUCCCUUUCCAAGCUCACAACUGAGGUGUGUGCUUCCCGAUAACCAAUACAUCUGCAUCUCGAAGCCAGCUACGCACGACGAAAAGCUGAACGAAAUUUAUGAUGAUCCAGUGAAAGGCCCUAAAGCCAAGAACAAAGGGGUUAGAGAUUGUGGUUGGGUCUCUCAAGCGCACAAGGAUCUGAUAUAA